AUGGCAGUUAAGGUGCUUGUGGGACUGUGUGUGGUGCUGGCUGCUGUGUGUGAGGUCUGGAGCAGCACCCAGUCCAGUAAACAGGACUUGAACCCAGCAGUGCUGUUCCCAUGGCGACACAGGGUGAAGAGAGACUGGAUCAUCCCCCCAAUCCGGGUCUCAGAAAACAGCAAACAGGUCCCAGAAGACUUGGUUCAGAUUAAAUCAGACAAGGUUUUCACUGGAGAGGUGAUAUACAAGCUGGAGGGACCAGGAGUCGACCAGGACCCAAAAGACUUCUUUGAAAUUGAUGAUAAAACAGGAUGGAUCAAGAGCAAGAUACCUCUCGACAGGGAGAAGCACAAGAGCUUCACGCUCAAAGCUUUUGCCCUGUCUCCCAGUGGAGAGAGACUGGAAAACCCCACUACCAUUGAAAUUUAUGUGCUAGAUCAGAACGACAACAGGCCAGUUUUCAUCAAGGAGGAAUUCAUCGGCACUGUUCCUGAAUUCUCUAUCCCUGGUACCUCAGUGCUGACUGUCAGUGCACAGGAUGCUGACGAUCCAUCCACAGAGAACGCAGCCUUGAGUUACUCCAUCAUUGCUCAGGAGAGCAUUCCACCCUUCAGCAUCAACAAGACCAUGUUUGGCAUCAACAACAAGACCGGCGUGAUUUACACUCGAGACGUGGGACUGGACAGAAAGGUGGUGAGGGGCUUCAGAUUGACUCUGCAGGUGGCAGACAUGUCAGGGAUGGGUCUGUCCAGCACAAGCCGUGCUUUGAUUCACAUCUCUGACAUAAACAAUCACGCUCCGCAGUUCUCACCAGACACGUACACCAUGUAUGUCAUAGAGAACACAGAGAUGACAGAGCUGGGUCGAGUAAACGCCACAGAUGAAGAUGUGCCUGAUGGAGAGAACUGGAGGAUUAAGUAUACUAUUAUCAACGGUGAUCCUGGAGAGAACUUUGCCAUUCGCACAGAUCCAGUCACCAACCAGGGUAUUCUGUCUGUGGUAAAGCCACUUGACUUUGAGCUCCAGGCAGAGUACAUGCUCACUCUAAAAGCAGAGAAUGAUGUUCCACUCAGUGUCAAGCCACUCACUGAGGUGCCGAGCAAAGCCACUGUGAGAAUUUUUGUGCGGAAUGAGAACGAAGCCCCACGCUUCUUUAAAAACCCCAUGCAAGUGACAUUCCCAGAGUCCACUGUACCUGGCACAGUCCUGAUCUCAGAUAUCGCUCAUGAUCCAGAUAAUGCCAAACUCAGGUUUGAAAUCAAUGAUCCUGAGAGACUGCUCACAAUUGAUCAAGAAACCGGACAAAUUACGCUGAGGAAGGCUUUUGAUAUUCGCUCACCUCACAUCAGGAAUAACAUUUACACUGCAACGGUCAAAGUCACGGAUACAGAUGCCAGUGGUUUGUCAGCUACAGCCUCGUUGGAGAUCACACUUUGGGAGACCAAUGACUUUGCUCCUCAGCUGUAUCCCCUGAGUGGCAUUGUGUGCAGUAACAGAGACAAAGAGCACCUGGGCCUGGUGCUGGGGGCUGUGGAUGAAGACUUGGCACCUCAUGCUGACCCUUUUACCUUUGAUGUUUAUGGUGACAUAGCAAGCAACUGGACCAUCUCCCAGCUCAAUGAGACACAUGCUGUCCUUUACCCCGUCAUAGAUAUUGAGACGGGUGAGUUCUACAUCCCAGUGUCUGUGUCAGACUCAGGUUCUCCCUCUCUGGGAUCUCACGCAAGAGUCAACGUGACCGUUUGUCCCUGCAACAGAGACGGGGAAUGCAGGAGCAUGGCUUCAGCUAUAUUUGGAACAAAAAUGGGCAUAAGCUUCAUCGCCCUGAUGAUCAUUAUGGGCAGUGCCGCACUACUGCUGUUGCUGUUACUCUUGGCUGUGGCAGUAGGAACCUGCAGGAGGCACCACAUUAAAAAGGGGGGAGGUUUGCUGGUGGGAGAGUCCGAUGACGACAUCCGUGACAAUGUCUUUAACUAUGAUGAGCAGGGUGGAGGAGAGGAGGAUGAGGAUGCAUUUAACAUUGACCUGUUGAGGAAUCCUGGUGAUCCUGCCUCUUUUGCUCCACAAGUGUCUAGCAUUCCCAAAGGCAAGCAACCACUCAGGAAAGAUGCCCCCUAUUACUUACCCUCCCCUACGUAUCCACGGAAACCACCUGCAGACCCCAGUGACAUUGAGGAUUUCAUUAAUGAUGGCCUGGACGCUGCAGAUAACGACCCAAAUGUACCUCCCUAUGAUACAGCCCUGAUCUAUGACUACGAGGGUGAUGGUUCGCUGGCGGGCAGCCUGAGUUCCAUUGCUUCCACUGGUUCAGAUGGGGACCAGGACUACGACUACCUCAAUGACUGGGGACCACGCUUCAAAAAACUGGCCAACAUGUAUGACCCCCGCUAG